UCUCUUUCAGAGGAAUGUGAAGUUUCCUGGAGAAGGACGACGAGUUCUCUGGCUUUCACCUCGCUGACGCACAGUCCCCGGAGGUUCGUCGGCGCGCCGUCUUUCUCGGAGGGGAUGGGAACGCGCUUACAUAAAAGAUGGACUUAUUACCGCGUCGCUGAAGUUCACGGCCCUCAGAAGGUCAUGUCACGGUCCGUGGCCCUCGGGCUGCUGACGCUCAUCCUCGUGAGUCAAAAGACAGCUGCAGGACAGACUGUGAACGUCUUCCAGUCGGAGCGAGAGUGGUCGCUGAACCACCUCGCCGUGCAUCAGUCCACGGGGGCCCUCUACAUCGGCGCCGUCAACCGGAUUUACAAGCUGUCGGCCAACCUCACGCUCCUGGUGUCCCACGCCACAGGGCCCGAGUAUGACAACAAAGCGUGCUACCCUCCUCUGAUCGUGCAGCCCUGCUCGGAGCCCCUCGCCUCCAUCGACAACGUCAACAAGCUGCUGCUCAUCGACUACUCCCACAACCGCCUCCUGGCGUGCGGCAGCCUCUACCAGGGCGUCUGCAAGCUCAUGAGACUGGAUGACCUGUUCAUCCUCGGGGAGCCCACUCAUAAGAAAGAACACUACCUGUCCAGUGACACGCAGACCGGGACCAUGUACGGGGUGGUGGUGCCCUCGCUGGCUCAGGAUGCCACGCUGUACAUCGGCACCGCAGUUGGAGGGAAGCAGGACUACUUCCCGACUAUCUCCAGCCGCAAGCUGCCUCGCGACCCGGAAUCCUCCGCCAUGCUCGACUACGAGCUUCACACUGACUUUGUCUCGUCGCUCAUCAAAAUCCCCUCGGAUACCCUGGCUCUUGUCCCGCAUUUUGACAUCUACUACAUCUACGGCUUCGAUAGUGGUCAUUUUGUCUACUUCAUGACCGUCCAGCCAGAGACGCCGGAGAACGGGAUGCCGUCCGGGGGCUCCCCUGGUGACCUGUUCUACACCUCCCGCAUCAUCCGCCUCUGCAAAGGCGACAAGAAGUUCCACUCCUACGUGUCGCUUCCUGUGGGCUGCGUCCACCGGAGCGAGGAAUACCGCCUGUUGCAGGCAGCCUACCUGUCCAAGGCCGGCGCGGUCUUGGCCAAGGCGCUUAACAUUGGCGCCCAGGAUGACGUGCUCUUUGCCGUGUUCUCCAAGGGCCAGAAGCAGUAUCACGACCCGUCCGAUCACUCCGCACUUUGCGUUUUCACCAUCCAGGACAUCAACACGCGCAUCAAGGAGAGGCUGCAGUCUUGCUACCAGGGCGAGGGACACCUGGAGCUGCACUGGCUGCUGGGAAAGGAUGUGCAGUGCACCAAGGCGCCUGUUCCCAUCGACGACCACUUCUGCGGCCUGGACAUAAAUCAGCCUCUGGGGGGCUCCCAGCUCGUGGCGGGCCGCACGGUUUACAUGGAGAGCCGUGAGAGGCUGACCUCGGUCAUCGCCUACAGCUACAAUGGACACAGCGUGGUCUUCCUGGGAACCAGAAAUGGGCGGCUUAAGAAGAUCCGGGUGGACGGUCCGCUGGAUGUGGGAGCGUUGUACGAGACGGUGACCGUGACGAAGGACAGCGGCCCCGUCCUCCGCGACAUGGCCUUCUCCCUGGACAAGACCUCGCUCUACGUCAUGUCCGACAAUCAGGUGGCUCAGGUCCCUGUAGAGGCCUGCGAGCAGUACGGUACCUGUGCGGAGUGCCUGAGCUCCGGGGACCCUCACUGCGGUUGGUGUGUCCUGUACAACACUUGCUCAAGGCGGGAUCGCUGCCCGAGAGCGGACGAGGCCUACCGCUUCAACACCGACAUUGACCGCUGCGUGAAAGUCAUCGCUCACCCGGACAGCAUCGCUGUAUCGGCACACAGCGUCCCACUGCUGCUGGAGGUGAACAACGUUCCGGAUCUUUCGGCGGGAAUCACCUGUUCCUUUGGGCAGCAGGCCGAGGUGGAGGGCCACGUCAAUGGCAACAGGGUCAUGUGUCUGUCCCCGGCCGGGAAGGAGGUCCCGCUCAUACCACAAGGACAAGACUGGGCCGGGGUGGAGUUGAGGCUGAACUCCAAGGAGACGGGUCAAAUGGUCGCCAGCACGGUGGUGAAGUUCUACAACUGCAGCACGCAUCACAUGUGUCUGUCGUGCGUAAACAGCACAUUUCGCUGCCACUGGUGUAAAUAUCGCAACAUGUGCACCCAUGACCCGAGCAGCUGUUCCUUCCAGGAGGGCAGAGUCAACGCCUCAGAGGACUGCCCCCAACUCCUUCACUCCGGGCAAAUCCUCAUACCGGCCGGCGAGGUGCGACCAAUUACUCUGAGGGCCCGCAAUCUGCCGCAGCCGCAGUCGGGCCAACGGGGCUACGAGUGCGUGGUGAACGUGCAGGGCGUCGGCCACCGCGUCACGGCGCUGCGCUUCAACAGCACCAGCGUCCAGUGCCAGAACAGCUCCUAUAUGUACGAGGGUGUGAAGAUCAGCGACCUGGCGGUGGAGCUCGCCAUCGUGUGGAACGGCAACUUCAUCAUCGACAAUCCCGAGAAGAUUAAAGUGCACCUGUACAAGUGCAGCGCCCAGCGAGACAGCUGCGGCAUGUGCCUGCGGGCAGAGAAGAAGUUCCAGUGCGGCUGGUGCAGCAGCGAGGGCAGGUGCACCAUGAAGCGCCACUGCCCACCCAUCUCGCCGUAUGCCAGCCGCUGGCUCGACCUCUCCGCCGCCAAUGUCAAGUGCACCAACCCACGCAUCACCGAGGUGAGCCCAAUUGCUGGACCCCUAGAGGGUGGCACGCUGGUCACCAUCCGGGGCCUGAACCUGGGUCUGUCCUUCUCUGAGCUGGAGGGCAACGUGAAGGUGGCGGGAGUGCAGUGCGUCCCGCAGGAGGGAGGCUACAUCACCGCCGAACAGAUCGUGUGCGAGAUGGUCGCCGCCCCAAAAGGAAGCGCGCCGGGCCCGGUCAGGCUUUGCGUGGGCGAAUGCAGACCGGAACUACGCGCGCAGUCCCAGCAGCUCUACUCCUUUUUGACCCCUUCCUUGCUGGCGCUGACCCCAGGCAGAGGGCCCGAGUCUGGGGGUACCAAGGUGACCAUUGUCGGAGAGAACUUGGGUGCUGGCAGCUCUGUGACUGUGUACUUUGGCAACCAAACGUGCGAGCUGUACAGAAGGACCACGUCGGAGAUCGUUUGCUUCUCUGCUCCGUCCGUGACCGGAGCGGGGCCGGUGCAAGUCGGUCUGAGGGUGGACCGGGCUAAGGUUCCUGGUAGUCUGUCCUUUGAGUACAUACAAGACCCCACAGUGCAGCGCAUUGAGCCCCUGUGGAGCAUUACAAGUGGCCACACCACGCUGACGGUGACCGGGACCAACCUGGACGUGGUGCAGGAGCCGCGGGUCCGAGUCAAAUACGCCGGCCACGAGUCCGUCAAUGUGUGCAAAGUGCUGAACACGACCACCAUCAGCUGCUUCGCUCCAUCGCUGCAGUCCGAGUCCGACGGCGGUCAAGCAGAGAGUGUCAAGCACGUGGAUGAGUUUGGCUUCGUUUUCAACAACGUCCAAGCGCUGCUCACCUACAGCAACAGCAGCUUCGUCUAUUACCCCAACCCCUACCUGGAGCCCCUCAGCCUCUCGGGCAUCCUGGAGCAGAAACCGGGGGCCCCCAUCAUCCUAAAAGGUCGUAACCUGGUUCCAUCGGCGUCGGGUGGCGCCCGGCUGAACUACACUGUCCUGAUCGGGGACACGCCCUGCUCCCUCACAGUGUCCGACACCCAGUUACUCUGCGAGCCGCCCAACCUCACUGGCCAGCACAAAGUCCUGGUCCAAGUGGGAGGACUUCAUAUCUCUCCGGGCGAGGUCCACAUCCACUCCGACAGCCUCCUCACGCUGCCCGCCAUCAUGAGCAUCACUGCUGGGGGAGGGCUGCUUCUGGUGGUGGUCAUCAUCGUCCUGCUCGCCUACAGACGGAAAUCGCACGAGAACGACCUGACACUGAAGCGUCUGCAGCUGCAGAUGGACAAUCUGGAGUCUCGCGUGGCUCUGGAGUGCAAGGAGGCUUUCGCAGAGCUACAGACGGACAUCAACGAGCUGACGAGCGACCUGGACCGAGCAGGCAUCCCCUACCUAGACUACCGCACUUACGCUAUGAGGGUUCUCUUCCCUGGCAUCGAUGACCACCCUGUGCUCAGAGACCUGGAGGUGCCGGGGAGCGGACAGGCGAGCGUGGAAAAAGCCUUGAAGCAGUUCGGGCAGCUGGUGAACAACAAAGUGUUCCUGCUGACGUUCAUUCGCACGCUGGAGCUGCAGCGCUCGUUCUCCAUGCGGGACCGCGGCUACGUGGCCUCGCUCAUCAUGACGGCGCUGCAGGGGCGGCUGGAGUACGCCACCGACAUCCUCAAACACCUGCUCUCGGACCUGAUAGAGCGCAACCUGGAGAGCAAGAACCACCCCAAGCUGCUGCUGCGCAGAACUGAGUCGGUGGCGGAGAAGAUGCUGACCAACUGGUUUGCCUUCUUGCUCCAUAAAUUUCUCAAGGAGUCUGCCGGCGAGCCCCUCUUCAUGCUGUUCUGUGCCAUCAAACAGCAAAUGGAGAAGGGACCCAUCGACGCCAUCACAGGCGAGGCGCGCUACUCUCUGAGCGAGGACAAACUCAUCCGGCAGCAGACGGAAUACAAGAUGCUGACGCUGAGCUGCGUGAACCCCGACAACGAGAACAGCCCGGAGAUCGCCGUCAAGGUGCUCAACUGCGACACCAUUACCCAGGUGAAGGAGAAGAUCCUCGACGCCGUGUACAAGAACAUGCCCUGCUCUCAGCGACCGCGAGCUAACGACAUGGACCUAGAGUGGCGUCAGGGCAGGACAGCUCGCGUGGUUCUUCAGGAUGAAGACAUCACCACCAAGAUUGAGGCCGACUGGAAGAGACUCAACACGCUGCUACACUACCAGGUGACUGAUCGCUGCAUGGUGGCUUUGGUGCCCAAACAGAUGUCGUCGUUCAACAUCCCGUGUUCGGCCAGCUUCCCGAGAAGUAUCAGCAGAUAUGGCGUGGACAUCCCCUUCCGCUCCACGCCCACCAGCCCCGACAGCCCCCACUCCCGUGUGCCCAUGCUGACCCCCGACCUGGAGAGCGGGGUCAAGGUUUGGCACUUGGUCAAGAACCACGAGCACGGCGACCAGAAGGAGGGCGAGCGAGGCAGCAAAAUGGUGUCGGAGAUUUACCUCACCAGGCUCCUGGCGACAAAGGGCACGUUGCAGAAAUUUGUGGACGACCUGUUCGAGACGCUGUUCAGCACCGUGUGCCGGGGCACCGCCCUGCCGCUCGCCAUCAAAUACAUGUUCGACUUUCUGGACGAGCAGGCCGACCUACACGGCAUCUACGACACGGACGUCCGCCAUACCUGGAAGAGCAACUGCCUUCCCCUGCGCUUCUGGGUGAACGUGAUCAAGAACCCGCAGUUUGUCUUCGACAUUCACAAGAGCAGCAUCACGGACGCUUGCCUGUCUGUGGUGGCCCAGACCUUCAUGGACUCGUGCUCCACGUCCGAGCACCGUCUGGGCAAAGACUCGCCCUCCACCAAGCUGCUCUACGCCAAGGACAUCCCUCACUACAAAAGCUGGGUAGAAAGGUACUACGCCGACAUCAACCGCCUGCCUGCCAUCAGUGAUCAGGACAUGAAUGCCUAUCUGGCUGAGCAGGCGCGCCUCCACUCCAGCGAGUUCAAUGCGCUCAGUGCCCUCCACGAGAUCUACAACUACGUCAGCAAAUACAGCCACGAGAUCACCGAGGCGCUGGAGCAGGACGAGCAGGCCCAGAAGCAGAAGUUAGCGUAUAAAGUGGAACAGAUCAUCUCAGCCAUGUCUGCAGAGAGCUGAGACACACACCAACAUACAUAACACGCACACACUCACACAUACAUGCUGUACAUGCACAAACGCACAAUACAAGAAUAUGCUGGGGAGGAGAAACAUGCGCACCCAAAUGUGCACGCACGUCAUGUGUAUGCCUGCACACAAAGACCCUGAGAGACUAAUGUAUGCAGGGAUGCUUGCUAAAACUUUAUGGACCUAGUACAAAUGACACACGGAAAUGUGCAAGAAAACACACACGAACAGCAAAUCAGCCCAAAGCAUGAUGUUUGUAUUCAACGCCAUUCUCUAGUAACAUUCAUCCAUUGUCGGAAAGCGUCCCGCUGCACGCCCCCCUGGGGGGAGCGGGGCUCGGCAGCCCGGCUCGAGUGCCGAAGAGAACCGCGCAAAGGAUGACAACUCAUCUCCAAAGGAUCGACAAAUAGAGGCGCUUACGUGGACUAAUAAUAGCCAAGUGUCGGAUGUGAUGACGGUACGAUUGCUACGUGUCACAGGCCGGACGCGACGCUGCCAUCGAAGCAUUUUGCCAACAGCGGCUUCACAUUGUGUAUUUUAGCAAAUGUGGAUUUCGAAAUUGUGACGCGAGCAGACAUGUUAACCUCUAGCUCCGGUCUUGCAGAUUCUAAAUUCAUUCACGAAAGUAGCUUACAAAGGCUGUGUUCACACUUUCGAUUAAAACAAACACUGGUGCGUUUUCUCUAAUAGUAAUGCUGUUAUUACCAAACAAGCGGACCGGAAACAAAGGGUUUGGAUUAGUUCACCGUAUAAAUCCAUCCAUCCAUUUUUCGGAAUGUGGAACAAAGCCUGAGUACUCACAGAAAACCAAUGCAAGCAAGAUUCGAACUCCGGGCCUCUCGGCUGUGAGUCAAUCAUGCUAACCGCUAAUGUGCUGCCCGCUUCAAAAGUCGAACAAAAUUCCUUCAUCCAGUUAUCAUGCGAGAUGUCAGCAAAACUCGUGAGAUUUCUAAAUGAGUGUGAUUCUCAAAAGUGUGGUACGCGUACGCGUACACACACUAGAGGUAUUGUACGCGAAAUAAUCAAUGCCUAAGUACAGUUCAGUUGCAUUUAACUUUUAGGUCCAAAACAUUUACAUUCAAUCUUUAAGAACAGUUUGUUUCUCAACAUUGAUUUAGGUACAAUUUUCAAAUUUUAUGUGCAAUACAUUUCAAUUGAAUAAUUAUUUAAGUUUUUUUUUUUUUUUAAUCUUUAACUAUAUUUAGGCACAAUGUUAAUGUUAGUACCUCAAAUUCCACACACAAAAAGGCCAGAACAGAGAUUCAAACCAAGAACCGUAGAACUGCGAGGCAGAAAUGGUAAUCGCUGCAUUGCCGUGUGACCCGCAAAAUGUUUUCUGCUUUGGUCAAAGAACAGAGAACAAAGUGUGAACACAGUCAAUGCAAUCCAUUUCAGCAAUAUUCUCACGGUGAGAUUUCAACAUUCAUAUUACCCCACGCCCCUUCAUAAAAAUCGAUUAAAAUGUGCUCCAUAGUACUGAAAGUGCAGUAUGAAAUAGGACAUGUACGGUGAUCUAUCGAGCACUAACUCCGUCAUCGGAAGAUAAGCGGAGAACAACCGUAGGAGAAUCCGUCAUAAACGAGACUAGAAGCCCCAACGUAUACUCGUUCUUUCUUUCUGUCUCAUCAGUCAUUGUUUACAUUGGACUUGUAAUGCACCAAGUGUGCCAGACAAGAACACCCGCCGCUGCAGUGAAGUAAUAUGGAAAGAUUCGGUGUCGGUGUCUGAUAAAUCCACUUGAAUAGAAGUAACCUGGACAAUGAGGCUUGGGAACAAGCUUUGGGAGCUUCGAAUUUUGGCGUCCUUUGCGGUGCAGAGCGCUCCUGGCGGAUCUGUGAUGAUGGAUGCCACGUGCAGUCGGCUCAUUAGCCGGUCCUUGUAAAUUUGACGCGUUCCGCCGCCUGACUGCACUUCACUCGCUUCGCAUCCCGCCUGUCUCCAUCUUUAAUUGUGGAACUCACGUCUUUUUGUUUGUACCAGACUGCUGGUGGUCUCUUUUGCUGCUGUAUUUAUAGAGUGCCAUAUAGAAACUUAUCACGAGGAAAGUGUCAGUCUGAGGCCCGUUCAGGGUUUCGGUCUUGUUCACGACGCACCAAACUGUGACAAUGACAAACGUCUUUGUGUGCUCGAUCACGCCUGUUCAUGUGGAGGGCUUUUUUUUUUAUUUUUAUUUUUUUUAGCCCCCCUACCCCCAUCAAUUUAAGACUAAAAGAUGAGGGGGAAAAAAAGCCUCCAUUUCCUGUUAAAUGUUGAACUAUGACAAAGAAAGGACCCAUGUGUUUUAUGUGUGAUUUGAUAAAUUAUAAAUGUGUCGUGCAAUAAACUGUCGGAUGUGGUUUUUUUUAAACUAUAUAUGAUUGUAUAAAUAUUGUACAUAGAAAACACUCCUAUUUUGCAAGCAAAAGAUUCACUUUUUACUGUUGUUAUACAUUAAAAUGAACAG